AUGUCUACCGAGCACCGAGCGAGUUUCCAGAUCACGGACAUUGAUGAUGAUGGUGUGCCACCGGAGCUAGAGGAAGCCGAGUCGCGCGAGAUAGCGAAGCAGGAGUCUGAUACGCCCGUGCGUCACUUGCGCAUUGACUGGCCCAGCGCUUCGAUCAAAGGCCGCUAUGCGAUCGGUGCUAGUGUCCCGGAUAUGCGGCCCCCUCUGUACGAUAUGCCGAGCCACAAGGAUAUGGCUGAGAAUGCUUCUUCAGCUGUGUUCCUGACCAAGUCCAGCCCUAUCAAUGCCACCGUGCAUGUGCUACAUGGCCAGGGCCAAUCGGCGACCCAAGCUCUCAAGACCAUGCCACCACCGGAGCCGGUGAACCAUUUGCAGCUCCUCAAGACGGUCCGCAACAAUACCGUCUUGAUCGAAGGACGCUCGUCGCGCAAUUCCGUAUGCCUGCACGUGCCUGCGUACGUGGGCCGUCGACCGCUGCACAUCAAGGCGCAUACACAAACUGGCAACGUCACGGUGAUUCUCCCACACUCCUUCAAUGGCGUAAUUCAGUGGCAUGUUGAGACGGGCACCUUCCACAUGUCGCCCAACGCGGCCUCGCAUUGCCAACGCUUGGACUCGCACCAGAGCAAGCGGCAUGGCACCGCCAAGUUUGUGGUCGACCCAGACCUGCCGGCCUGGAUGACUGCACAUGGUCGACGAGGCGAUAUCUGUGAACUCUAUGCCAACACAGGCCGCUUGUACGUGUGCAUGAGCGGCGAGAAAAAGCCAUCUGGCGCACAGGGUUGUGUUAUUUGCUAA